AUUUCCAAGAAAUGAGAGGAGGUCAACGACUAAAAACAACUUGCUGAAUAUUUAAAAAUCUUUUUCUGCUUAGUGGAGGCAUUUAUUUUACAUUAAUUUUUAUGUUUUAAAAACAUAAUGUUAUUAUAUAAUUAAAUUUCUUGCACAAACAGAGAAUAUUAUUAAUAUAUACUGUGAAGAGUAAUAAAACAGUUUCGUUUCAUUAAAUAUUUGAUUGAAUUAUAAAAAUAGUGAAAAAAUAGAAGAUGUGUUCGUGUUCGUGGAGCGGAGGACAACGUAGUUGGUUUCCGCGUGCUGUACGAGACAGAUAACUUCUACAGAGAGAAACAAAGAUCGAGACAAAAAGAAACCCUUAAAGGAUUUGAACGGAGAAGACGAGGAAAAACAAAGACACAACUCUGUAAGUUCUGACCCAAUUUUUUUUAUGUUUUGUCUGGAAAGUUUCAAGAUUUGAUUUUUGUGGUUCUCUUUACAUUUUCUGGGUUUUGUGUAAGCAUUUGAUGUGUGGAGUGUCUCUCUUUUUGUUAUUCGAAUUCAUUAUCAAUCUUUUGUGUGUGUUUCAUGUAGAUUUGCUCAAUUUUUAAUCUAGAUCUAACCAAAUUAAUUAACUAAAGAUUUAGAUAAGAAAAGCCCUAAUUUGUGAUCUACUAUAUGAUCCAGAAUCUGGAGUCUUUGUUUCUACUUGAUAUAUGUAAAUCUUGAAAGUUUCCUUUUUUUUUUCUUCUCUUCUUGAAGUAGUAAAGACUUUAUCUUUUCUCAAUUGAAUCCAAGAAUGAUUAGAGGGUUUAUUUAUUUUGGGACCAAUAAACAGACUUUGUUCUUGGGGGCAGAGACUGUUUCUUUCCCUUUUCUUUUUUUUCACUUCUUUAGAAGAUUCUUCAUUUGAAUUCUGUCCUUCAAUUUUGAAGUUGUCUUGUUCUCUUUUUUACUAAAUGUGAAUCAAAAGAAUGUUUUCUUAAGUUUUAAAAAAGCCUGUGGUGGUUACUGCUUUUGGUCCAUUGAUAAGAAGAAUCUUCUUUUCUUCUCUUCUCUUCUCUUCUCUUCUCUUCCGUGUCAUUGCUUUGUUAUUAAGUAUCAUUCAGAAUUUGAAUCAAAACUCUACUUUUGUGUCUUGCAGAACCUUUAGAGAGAGAAAAACAAAUGUCGUUCCGUAGCAUAGUUCGUGAUGUGAGAGAUAGUAUAGGAAGUCUAUCGAGGCGUAGUUUCGACUUUAAGUUAAGCAGCUUGAACAAAGAAGGUGGUAAAUCCCGUGGUUCGGUUCAAGAUUCUCAUGAGGAACAACUUGUAGUAACGAUUCAAGAAACACCGUGGGCGAAUCUACCUCCAGAGUUAUUACGUGAUGUGAUCAAAAGACUUGAAGAGAGUGAAAGUGUGUGGCCUGCUCGUAGACAUGUUGUUGCUUGUGCUUCUGUUUGCAGGUCAUGGAGAGAUAUGUGUAAAGAGAUUGUUCAAAGUCCGGAGCUCUCAGGCAAAAUCACAUUUCCUGUUUCGUUGAAACAGCCUGGACCAAGAGAUGCAACAAUGCAAUGCUUUAUCAAAAGGGAUAAAUCUAACUUGACUUAUCAUUUAUAUCUUUGUCUCAGUCCUGCUUUGUUGGUUGAGAAUGGAAAGUUUCUUCUUUCUGCAAAACGCAUAAGAAGAACUACAUACACCGAGUACGUGAUCUCUAUGCACGCCGACACCAUUUCGAGAUCAAGCAAUACCUACAUUGGCAAAAUCAGGUCUAAUUUUCUGGGGACGAAGUUUAUAAUAUACGAUACACAACCAGCAUACAACAGCAACAUCGCUCGAGCGGUCCAACCGGUAGGUCUUAGCCGCAGAUUCUACUCAAAGAGAGUCUCUCCCAAAGUACCUAGUGGGAGCUACAAAAUUGCGCAGGUUUCUUAUGAGCUAAACGUUCUUGGUACCCGUGGUCCGAGGAGAAUGCAUUGUGCGAUGAACUCAAUUCCCGCCUCUUCCCUUGCGGAAGGCGGAACUGUGCCUGGACAGCCCGAUAUCAUUGUCCCGCGCUCUAUUCUCGACGAAUCGUUCCGCAGCAUUACCUCUUCGUCAUCGAGAAAAAUCACUUACGAUUACUCGAAUGAUUUUAGCAGUGCACGGUUUUCCGACAUUCUUGGCCCGUUAAGCGAAGACCAAGAAGUGGUAUUAGAAGAAGGGAAAGAGCGGAAUUCGCCACCACUUGUGCUUAAGAACAAGCCGCCGAGGUGGCAUGAACAGCUUCAGUGUUGGUGUUUAAACUUCAGGGGACGUGUAACAGUCGCAUCAGUUAAGAACUUUCAGCUCAUUGCAGCAAACCAACCACAGCCUCAGCCUCAGCCUCAACCGCAACCUCAACCCCUAACUCAGCCGCAACCGUCUGGUCAGACCGAUGGUCCCGACAAGAUCAUAUUGCAGUUUGGGAAAGUGGGAAAAGACAUGUUCACGAUGGAUUUCCGGUAUCCGCUCUCUGCGUUUCAGGCUUUCGCUAUCUGUUUGAGCAGUUUCGACACAAAACUUGCUUGCGAAUAAGUCAAAAACUCAGCUUUGUAUGUAAUGUUAUCAGAUUUGCUUUGGAGAUUCUUGUUUUGUGGUGUUUUAUUUUCACCGAGAAUCUCAUAAUUAGAUUUGUUUCAAGCUUUCAUUGCUUAUGCUGUUUAUUGGUGCAACCAAAAAGUUUAUUCGAGUUUGGUUUUUCUCCAUAGUUUGAUUUGUAUUCAUAACGGUCAAAAACAUAAAACGAAAAUAACAAUAAAUCAUUAAG